UGGUUCUCCCCGAAAUGCGUUGAGGCGCAGCAGUUGACUGGACAUCUAGGGGUAAAGCACUGUUUCGGUGCGGGCUGCGCGAGCGGUACCAAAUCGAGGCAAACUCUGAAUACUAGAUAUGACCCAAAAAUAACAGGGAUCAAGGUCGGCCAGUGAGACGAUGGGGGAUAAGCUUCAUCGUCGAGAGGGAAACAGCCCGGAUCACCAGCUAAGGCCCCUAAAUGACCGCUCAGUGAUAAAGGAGGUGGGGGUGCAAAGACAGCCAGGAGGUUUGCCUAGAAGCAGCCACCCUUUAAAGAGUGCGUAAUAGCUCACUGAUCGAGCGCCCUUGCGCUGAAGAUGAACGGGGCUAAGCGAUCUGCCGAAGCUGUGGGAUGUCAAAAUGCAUCGGUAGGGGAGCGUUCCGCCUUAGAGGGAAGCAACCGCGAAAGCGGGGGUCGACGAAGCGGAAGCGAGAAUGUCCUGCUCCAAGUAUAAUUUCCAGGCGUUCCGUAUAUGAACCUCUUCAAACAGGGCUUAUUGCUAUCGAUUCGAUGAUCCCUAUAGGGCGCGGUCAGCGCGAGUUAAUUAUUGGGGACAGACAGACUGGCAAAACAGCAGUAGCCACAGGUACAAUUCUCAAUCAAAAAGGACAAAAUGUAAUAUGUGUUUAUGUAGCUAUCGGUCAAAGAGCAUCCUCUGUGGCUCAAGUAGUAACUAAUUUCCACGAGGAGGGGGCCAUGGAAUACACUAUUGUAGUAGCUGAAAUGGCGGAUUCACCUGCUACAUUACAAUACCUCGCUCCUUAUACGGGAGCAGCCCUGGCUGAAUAUUUUAUGUACCGCGAACGGCAUACUUUAAUAAUUUAUGAUGAUCUCUCCAAACAGGCACAAGCUUAUCGCCAAAUGUCCCUUCUAUUAAGAAGACCCCCCGGCCGUGAAGCUUAUCCCGGGGAUGUUUUUUAUUUGCAUUCACGCCUUUUAGAAAGAGCCGCGAAAUUAAAUUCUCUUUUAGGCGAAGGAAGUAUGACCGCUUUACCAAUAGUUGAGACUCAAUCUGGAGACGUUUCUGCCUAUAUUCCUACUAAUGUAAUCUCCAUUACAGAUGGACAAAUAUUCUUAUCUUCAGAUCUAUUCAAUGCCGGAAUUCGACCUGCUAUUAAUGUGGGUAUUUCUGUUUCCAGAGUAGGAUCCGCGGCUCAAAUUAAAGCCAUGAAACAAGUAGCUGGCAAAUCAAAAUUGGAAUUAGCUCAAUUCGCAGAGUUACAAGCCUUUGCACAAUUCGCCUCUGCUCUGGAUAAAACAAGUCAGAAUCAAUUGGCAAGGGGUCGACGAUUAAGGGAAUUGCUUAAACAAUCUCAGGCAAACCCUCUCCCAGUGGAAGAACAGAUAGCUACUAUUUAUACCGGAACGAGAGGAUAUCUGGAUUCAUUAGAGAUUGAACAGGUAAAUAAAUUUCUGGAUGACUUACGUAAACACCUAAAAGAUACUAGGGUCUUUCUGUCCAGGUGCAGUUACGGCCGCCGUUCACCGGGGCUUCGGUCGCCGGCUUCCCUGUCAUCAGUUCACCAACUUGCUCGGUCUGUUCAAUUGCGGCCUUAUAAUGCAAUCUCAUUCUCUGGUCCAAUCGCGGUUUUUGUUUCUGUAUUCCUUAUUUAUCCACUGGGGCAAUCUGGUUGGUUCUUUGCGCCGAGUUUUGGCGUAGCAGCAAUAUUUCGAUUCAUCCUUUUCUUCCAAGGAUUUCAUAAUUGGACGUUGAACCCAUUUCAUAUGAUGGGAGUUGCCGGAGUAUUAGGCGCGGCUCUGCUAUGCGCUAUUCAUGGAGCGACCGUAGAAAACACUCUAUUUGAGGACGGUGAUGGUGCAAAUACCUUCCGCGCUUUUAACCCAACUCAAGCUGAAGAAACUUAUUCAAUGGUCACGGCUAACCGCUUUUGGUCCCAAAUCUUUGGUGUUGCUUUUUCCAAUAAACGUUGGUUACAUUUCUUUAUGCUAUUUGUACCCGUCACCGGUUUAUGGAUGAGUGCUAUUGGCGUAGUAGGCCUGGCUCUGAACUUACGUGCCUAUGACUUUGUUUCCCAGGAAAUCCGUGCAGCGGAAGAUCCUGAAUUUGAGACUUUCUACACCAAAAAUAUUCUUUUAAACGAGGGUAUUCGUGCGUGGAUGGUAGCUCAGGAUCAGCCUCAUGAAAAUCUUAUAUUCCCUGAGGAGGUUCUACCACUUAACGGCGAGAUUUAG